UUAUAGCGAUUACAGAUAUUUAGAAUUAAAAAUAUAUAUUUCUAUAGUCCCUUUUAAAAAAAGUGUUAUGUGGUUACAAAAAGUAAUGUUAUUUAAAUUUGUUGAAUAAUUUAUACGUAAUGCAAUUCAAUGUACAACUUGUUCAGUAAAGUGUUAGUGUAUGUUGAAAUACAAGUUGACGAACUACAUAUUUUUGGAUCAAUCAUGAUGAAAUAAUCCAUUUCAAAGAAUGUUUUAUGUGUAGAUGUUAAUGAUUGGUUUUCAAGAAAAACAUAAAUGCAUCUAAAUGUUAUAACUUUUAACGCAUAAAAUGGGACUUCUUAUAUCGAAAAUAUGGAGCUUGUUUGGCAAUGAUGAGCAUAAGCUGGUCUUAGUAGGUUUGGACAAUGCGGGUAAAACCACUAUACUCUAUCAAUUGCUGCUUGGUGAAGCUGUCCACACCAGACCUACUAUUGGAUCAAAUGUCGAAGAGGUUGUUUGGAAGAAUCUACGGUUUGUAAUGUGGGACCUUGGAGGCCAACAAAGUUUGCGAUCAGCUUGGAAUACUUACUAUACAAACAGUGAGUUUGUCAUAAUGGUGAUAGAUUCCACUGAUCGACAAAGAUUGAGUAUUAGUCGAGAUGAACUCCAUAGCAUGCUUACACAUGAGGAACUUAGUAAAGCAUGUCUCCUUGUAUUUGCCAAUAAGCAGGAUGUCAAAGGUUCAAUGACUGCGGCAGAAAUAUCACAGCAAUUGGAUUUGACAUCAAUAAAGCAUCAUCCCUGGCAUAUACAAGCUUGUUGUGCAUUGACGGGUGAAGGGCUGCAUCUUGGUCUAGAGUGGAUUGCUAGUAGAAUCAAGAAGAAAUGACAAAAACUUGACAGAGUCUAUCAAUAUUACUAAUCUACUAUGUACAUCUUUAUCUAAUAAUAUUUUAAUCUUGUUGGCACAUCAUUUGAAUCCUAAUUUUGUUAAAAAUGUAGAUCUACUGUAUUCAGUAGUUUAAAAAAAUGUUUUAUAAUUUUACUGGAAAUCACAAUUUUUUGCAUUAAUGUAUGUCCUAUUGUUAUUCUAAAAUCUUAAAAUGUAAAUGAAACAAAAUAUCAUGUUCUGUUACUUUAUUUAAUAAUUUGUAAUAUUGAUGAUCAAAAUUAUUGUACAUUUUAACUUUUUUAUGUACCACUUACAA